AUACUGACAACAUUGAAAAUCAGUCUGGAUCCUGGAGAAAUCUCAUUGCCCUCCACCGAGAAAGGAAUUGGUCACGGGGUACGUGGCAAUUGGAACCUCGGAGCCGGGACUUGAUACUUGAACCCCGGAGCUUGGACUUGGAACUCAAACACAGAACGUAGAACACUGAGCCGGGACUCCUCCUUCGACACAGGACAUGGAGCCGGGACUCUUCUUAUUCACGGGACAGACUCAGACACAGGAGAUAAAACACUGAGCCGGGAAUCCUCCUUAGACACAGGACGGAGUCGGGACUCUUCUUGACACAGGACAUUUCGGGAAAGGACUGUCAGAUGUCAGUAACCGGAGACCCUACUGCCAACAAGCUGAAAAUGGAGAAACCCUUGCAGCUGGUUUAUAACAAGGACGGGAAGCUGCAACUUAACCCAGAGGCUCUGAAUGUCCUCCAGUCCAUCAAGGAUCCAAUGGUGGUUGUGGCUGUGGUUGGUGCUGCUCGUACAGGGAAGUCCUACCUCAUGAACUGUCUUGCAGGAGACAGGAAGGGAUUCUCAGUGGAUUCAACCAUCCAGGCUCACACCAAAGGAAUCUGGAUGUGGUGUCGAUCCCUCCCUCAGAGAUCCAAUGAGGUCCUCUUGUUGUUGGACACCGAGGGUCUGGGAGAUCCUGAGAAGGGAGACAGCCAGAAUGAUCGUUCCAUCUAUUUACUGGCUAUCCUUCUGAGCAGCAUCCUCGUUUACAAUGGUCAAAGAAACAUAGACCAGCAAUCCCUGCAAGACCUACAUUUUGUGACUGAACUGUCUAAGUGGAUCCAGAUGAAGUCCCAGCCCAAUGCCUGUGACAGUUGGGACUUUGUCCGUUUCUUCCCUGAAUUUGUCUGGGUGAUCCGUGAUUUGACACUGGAUAUGAACAUCAAUGGAAAAGAUGUGACUCCGAAUGAGUACCUGGAGCACAGUCUGAAACUGAAGGACAGUGAGAUCAGUGAGCAGGACAAGGAAUAUAAUGAACUCCGCAGGUGUAUCCGUGAUAAUUUUCCCUCACGUUGCUGCUUUACAUUUCCUAUUCCCACACACCAGAAGAAACUCAAGCAGCUCCAGGAACUGGAGGACAAGGAUCUGGAUGAGGAUUUUGUUACGAAGCGGCAGAACCUCAUCAGUUACAUUCACACCCACAGAAAAGUCAAGAGAGUUCUUGGAGGUCAGCUGGUCACGGGCAGGAGAUUUGUCGCAUUGACCAAGGCAUACGUGGGCAUGAUAGCAGAUGGUGUCCUACCGUGUGUGGAGAGCAGCUUUGCCGAAAUACUGGAGGUGGAAAACCAAACAGCAGUAGAUGAAGCCCUUAAAUCCUAUGAUGAUGAAAUGAAAAAAUUUUCAGAAUCUGAUGAUCUUACUAUGAGCAAACUCACAGAGUAUUACAAUAUGAAGAGCAGAGAGGCAUUCAAUAUCUUCCAGAAAAGAUCUAUGAACAGCAACAGUGUCAUACACAUCCAACAGCUGGAGGAGAAGAUGAGUUCCACUUACAAGUCUCUCAUGGUCAAGAUCAAGGAAAAGUCACAAGAGCAAUGUGAGGCACAUCUCGCAAAAGUAAUGUCAUCAAUUAAAGAAAACCUGACAUCUGGGCAUUACCGGAGACCUGGUGGUUUCCAGGAGCUGACAAAGGAUCUUGAUAAGGCCAUCAAGGAGUAUAAAAUAAUUACCAAGAAUGAGAUAGAGGGGUCAGCUGUCCUCACCCACUUCCUGAAAAAGGAAAAACCCCAACUAGACCAAGUACAGAAGAUAGACAGCAGGUUGAAGGAAAAAAUGCACAUCUCUGCUUUGGAAGAGGAGAUCUCAAGGCUGAAACAGGAGAUGGAGAAGAUGGAGCAGAAGAGGAAGGCGGCUGAGGAACACAGGGAUAAGCAGAUCAUGGAGCAGAUCAGGAGAAGGUUUGAGGAGGGUAAAAAGUGCAGUGUGGAGGAGCUGAGGAUAGCCAUGGAGCAUAUGAGGAGUGAGAUGAAGAAAUACAAAGUCGAGGGCAGGAUGGAGGAUGCAGUAAGGGCUCAGCAGAGGUACGAGUACCUGAAGAAGAAAUUUGAAGAGGCAAGCGAAUGGAGUUUCACGAAAUUCAUAAGGGAGCAUAUCCCUGAGAUUUCUGCUGCGCUGUUUACUGUGGUGGGUGCUGUAGCAAAAUUAGUUGUAUUCAAAUCAGUAAAGUAGUCAAAAAUGAUGCGUACAUUUAGAAAUGUGUCCACAGCACCAAUUCUGUGACAUUCCUUACCACUUCCAACACAAACCCCGCCCCCCAGUCUGAUCAAUGAACUGGACCCCAAAUAUUGUUGCCACAUAUUCCACAUCCAAUCCCCAGCCGAAUAUCAGGGGCACACACAGGAACAUUUAAAGCGGGGUUGGAUUCCAGCUGGUGAAUCUCAAAAUGCCAGAGAUGUGAAUGAGCCAGUGUAAUAUGCCCCACACACUAAAUCCACUCACACAGCCGACAGACACUCUCACCCAUGACCAACUCUCCCCACUCUUCUUAAUCCCCUGCCACAAUCCAUGGAUACUCACCCGGACUCACUAAAUCCCCUCCACACCUCACAGCCACUCUCUCCCAUCACUGAAUUCCACCCCCCCCCAUAAAAUCCCCUCCCACAGGCCAUGGACAUUCUGCCCCACCACCGACUUCACGCACUUCAACCACUGAAUUCCCUCCCACAGUCCAUGGACAUAAAGCUAUAAAGCUACAUAUCCAGUUCUUCUCCAUGUUUUUUCAAUCCUCUCAUAUACCUGUCCACACUGUACCACAAUUACCUGAACUAUCAAUUAUAAGCGCCUCUGCUUACCCUUGGAAAUUCAUCAAACUCUCCCUGGCAUGGAGUGCAGCUCCCACAAACUCCUUAUCUGCUGGUUCAGUGUUCUGGGUCAGCGGUCAGCUCUAUUCAAUACUGACCUGUGUUGAUAAUGUGGCCUUCCUCCACUCUGCUCUGUGUUCUGUGGAUCUCUCUCACCAGCAAAGUUUCCUCCCAGAGGCUGAUGGGAACUUGUCGUCUCCCUCUGGCUGUUACAUUCCCACCAUCAAUCCACGAUCAGUGUGAUUACUGGAUCACACUAAUUAUCCAGGCAAUAAAUCUGACCACCAGCAAUGAACAAUUGGAAGCUGAAUUGUAAGAAUGGAUGUACAUUCAGCAGAGAUACGUGAGAGUGCAGGUGCUGGAAUCUGGAACAUAAACAGGGAGAUGGAGAAAUCUUCAGUGGGUCGAGCAGCAUCUGUUGGUGGGGUUGGAGGAGAAGGGAUUGGUGAUGCUGGGUCAAGAUCAUGUAUUAGAACUGAUAGAGGUGUCCUCGACAGAGGGACCCGAUCCAAAAUGUUGACAAUUCCUUUCCUACCACAGCCGCUGCUUGAUCCACAGAGUUCCUCUUAACAGGUUAUUGCUUUAUAUAAAUUGAGUGAAUAAUUUUAGCUAAUAGAUUUGUUAAGUAACAUAGAUGCUACAGUUAACCACAAUAUAACUUUAUGAACAAAUCAGUAAUCUUUCCAAUUAGCCAUAUCAAUGUAAACGCAAUAAGAAUCCGGGUAUAUAUGUGUGGAUAAACUUAGAUAUUGAAUCCUCAUCCCACCACAUUGAAGUAUGGAUUUCAAUACCAGAAUACCAGCAGUUUGUAUAUGCUGGUAAAUCUGUGAAACUUUAAUAAAGGUCUGG